AUGUCUGGUCGCGGCAAGGGCGGGAAGGGCCUGGGCAAGGGCGGUGCCAAGCGCCACCGCAAGGUGCUGCGCGACAACAUCCAGGGCAUCACCAAGCCCGCCAUCCGCCGCCUGGCCCGGCGCGGCGGCGUCAAGCGCAUCUCGGGGCUCAUCUACGAGGAGACCCGCGGCGUGCUCAAGGUCUUCCUGGAGAACGUCAUCCGCGACGCCGUCACCUACACGGAGCACGCCAAGCGCAAGACGGUCACGGCCAUGGACGUGGUCUACGCGCUCAAGCGCCAGGGGCGCACGCUCUACGGCUUCGGCGGCUGGUUGCGCAUCAUCUCUGAACUACCAAGACCAUCUAACUUCGGGAUCCCGCACUUGCUGGGUUUGUGCGAGGCGAGCGGUAAGCAGCCGAGCGAGGGCAUCUCCGCUCCCGUGCGGUGCCCGAGCUCAGCAGACACCGGACGUCGCCCCCACCCUGAGGACAGCGGCAGGCAACCUCGGGACAGUCGGGAAACAGCGGGGUGA